CCCUUUUUCUGUGGAUUGCUUUCGUGGACCUUAAAUUCAGUGUGGUUCCUUGAUCACAAAUAAAUGAUCUUCACAAACUCAAUUUUGCAAGACUAAAAAGCUAAUACUGCAGAAACUGUGCUAGAUCACUCAAGAGACUACUACAGUAUAUGAAUUUCACAAGGUCAAUGGAUAUCAAGUUUCAAGAAGCAGAAGGAUUUGGGGAAGAAGUUUCAGGAAAGAAGAAGUCAAAGUUUAAAUCUAUUAAAAAGUUCUUUGGAAAAAGAAAAAGGAAAGAAACAUUAGCAUCUUCAGGAAGUAGUAGUAUCAACACAUUUCAGUCUGCAAUUGAUAUCUCAGCCAUACCAUCUAGGCAUAUAGAUUAUGAUUCUGAAGAUGAUCUGAAGAUGCACAGAACUAUUAUGGGAAACAGAGCUUUGUCACAUGAUAGCAUUUUCAUUUCUGAGACUCCACAAGAACCACCUACACCAGUUCGAGUAUUUUCUCAGGAAAAUGUUUCUGAUCGAAUUAGGACUUUGCAGAUGAAACUCCAGCAAAACUGGAAGAUGGGCCUCUCCUAUCCAUUUGGAACUCCUUCCAAAAAACAAGAGGAUGCUGGAAUGAGUUCAGAAGAUGAUGGUUUACCCAGGAGUCCACCAGAAACAUAUUUGCUACAAGAAAUUCUAAAUCCCAAUACAUCAAAGUUUUCAGACUCUCACAAGCAUCAUAGCUCUUUGAGUUUAGCUGGAACAGGCAGUGAAGAAGAAGAACAGGUCACAAAAAGUCCUUCAAGAGUCUGUUCUGGAGAAAGUCAGCUGUUCUCCCAUCAGCCAAAAGCUACAAUUAUAACUCAACAAACAUUUGAUAGCAGCUGUUUGCCUGGCGCUGAUUUUGAUAUUCUUCCGGAAUUAUCCUCUUGCUUGGACAAUUCAGCUGCUAAGCACAAGCUUUCAAUAAAACCACGGAACCAGAGAUCUAGUAAAAUAAGACGACUACCUUUGAAGAAAUUAUCUGAGUCUCAGAAAGACAUGAUCUGCACUCUUGAGGAAGAUGAAAGUGUUGGGAAUGAAGUGCUGGUUGAAGAAUCCUACAAAGGUGCGACUUCCAGUCCACAGGAACUGACUGACAAUGCAGCUUUAUCCAAUAUGGUUUCCUCCGAGCUUCAGUCUAAUUUGAGUCACCCAGAUGAAAAGACUUACACGUCACACUCCACUUCUCUGAUGGACUCACAUUGCUAUGAGAACCCUUCAGAGGGCAGUGAAUCUGUCCAGGGAUUAGUAUACACUGUAAGGCAAUCUUCAGCUUCUGACCCGAAAGAAAAUAUUGCUCCACAGUAUGACAAAGGCGACUGUGAAACUUUAGAGAUAUCUCCUAAGAAUUUAAGUAAUGUGCCCUUAAGUGUUUUAAACCAAGAAAAUAAACAGAUUUCUUGUAUUCUAUCUAAAAAUAUCCCUGCCAAAAAACAUGUGAUUGCUGAAUCAGAUGUAUCAGAGAAAAAAUCAUUGAAAGGUGCUAAGGAACCUUUGGAAAGUGUUUCUAAUAAGGAAGCUACACAGAGAACAUCUUUACUGGCCAAUUCUAACAUUUCUUUAUCCACAAAUCCUUCCCAGCUUCCAAAUUUACUCCAUUCAGAGAACAGUAGUAUUUCUCUGGCUUCAUGCAGAAACUCUUCACUGGAAGAGAGACCUUCUUUGAGUCAAGGCAAAAUGAAAGCAACUCAAGAGAAACUGGAAUCUAAUGAUGAAGACCAUCUCCCAGCUAUAUCUGAUGGUAUAUUGGGAGGGAAAGCAGAGAAAGAAACCAAUGACCUUUGUGGGUUGAGAAAGUUUUCAGUGUCAUCAGCACGGUGGAGAUCUAGAUCUAACAGCCUGAACACGAAGGAUGCUUCAGAGCAUGAGAAGCCUCUUGCCAUGCAGGUAAAUUUUUCCAUAAAUGGUGAAAAGACAAAGAAGUAUGUUGAGAUGAAUUCUUCACAAGAGAAAAAAAGAUGCAUUAAUAAACAGAAAUCUUCAUUAGAGUCAGAAUCUGAUAUUCCUGGUAGAGCAUUAGACUCAAAGACUUUUGCCUCACAGCCUUUGGAUUCAAAACCAGUAUUGAGCAACUCUUUUGGUAAUCUUUUGCAGCUGUCAAGUCCAAGCCAUUCAAGCUCUGAAGGCCAAAAUCCCUUCCAAGUCAAACUUAGGUCCACAUCUUUAUUACUGAAAUACAGAGACAUUGGACAGGAAUCAAAGGAAUGUAAAGGAGAUAAUGCUGAACUUAAUUUAGUAAAAGGGGAAGUGACUUUAUCUUCACUGAAAGUUGAAAAAGGAGAAAUCAGGAAGAUAAUGGAUGGAAAUGUUACUGAUUUGUCCAAUGAAAGUUUCAAAACUAAAUUAAAAUCCUCUGAACAGGGUAGCACAAAACCUCCACUGCCAAGAAAACCUGUUUUACAACACUCCAGUAUUACUAGUCUUAACACAAGCACAGAAAAGCAGGAAAAGAUAACCAAAUAUCCGGAAUUUAAAACAGAAAGCAGAAAUAUGGAAAAGAAACAAAAUCCCUCCGAAGUGCCUGAGACAAGUGUGUUUCCUCCUGUGACUGUUACAGAUUAUGGAAGAACAGCUGAAAUGCCAGCUUGGAUUAGCAUAGCAAAGCAAAAGCAAAAGAUUGUUGAACAAGACCUUAGCAAAGAAGAGAAGCCAGAGGAACAGGAUAAAGCAGAUGCCGAAAAACAAAUAAAAGAGAAGAAAACAAUGGAGGAAGUGGUAAGGCAACAGUCAGAUUUGCCUCAGAAUAUAGUGUCACCUUCCCCAUUCACAGCUUCUGUUGGAGAAACAAAGAAAGAGACAAACCUGGAAAUGCAAGACUCUUCACUAAGAAAUAGCUCGUCGUCCCAUCAGAACCCUGCUCAGCCAUCAUUGCCAAUUGAAAGAGGAGAUAUAAAGCCACUUAGGAAGAUUGGUCAUUCUCCAGAUCAACCCUCAUGGAUGGAACUUGCCAAAAAGAAAUCCCAAGCAUGGAGUGACAUGCCACAGAGGAUAAAAUAGAUUAAAUAAUUUUGUGCUGUUUUAUGCAUCCACAUCAGCACCCAUCAGUGGAUCAAAUGUUUUAGUAAAACAAAAGUGCUGAUUUUUCAAACUAAAUUGAUUGAAUUGAUAAGGAAAUAAACCUAUGGUACACCAAAGAGACUACAAUGCAAGAGUUUCAGAAAUGUCAUCACAUUUGUACAGUACUAUAGGACAAUUCUUGAAAAUGACUACAAGCAAUUUAGCUUUGGCAAGAAAUUAUUGAGAUGAAAAAUAUUACUUACCGUGUUUCCUUUCAUUUUUUCACCCGUAAAAUGUUAUGCCAUGAAUAUUGUUAGAAGAUUAACUAAAAAUUAGGUAACUAUUGCUUUAAUACAGCGAGAAUAAUAGUCCAAUCAAAAUGUCUUUCUGAGAUAUACAAUUACAGCAGACUAGAACAGGAAUAUCUUUUCAGACAUACAGGAAAAACGUUUUAAUGUGAUUAAGUGAAUGAAUGAAAAUGAAAUAAAAAUCAGGUUUUAAUAAUUGCUUCUUAAGAUGGAGUUGGAAAUUAGCUAAGAUACCUGUGGUUUAGAUCCCUACUUUUUAAUAUAAUAAAAGAUGAAAACUUAUAUUAAAGCAAGAGAUUGUGUAAAGAUGCUGAUUAAAACAUCCUUGAGAGAAGUGUCGGCUUUGGCCAUCAGCUUUGAAGGUAGUAGAGCUAUAACCUUUCCUGAGGAAACCAUCAUCUGAACUAGCAAUAUCAGAUUAUUUUUUUUCCUGUUUGCAAUUUUCUCUUUUUAGGGCAGGUUCUUAAGAAGGUGGUGGACCCUAUGGGAAACUGUAGACGAAAUGGCUUAUCUGAGUCUUUUUUUCAGUUGGAUUUCAAACCUGGGUAUGUUCUGAAAGUAUAUUGAUACUUUCUUGUGGGAAUGAAAUAAGGGUAAAUCUCUCUGUAACUUCUGACACCAUAAAUCAUGGCAUUGUUAUGGACCACUGCCUGGAGUUUGAAGUGGGAGGCACUAUUUUAUAUAAAUUAACUAAUCUUUGCUUAUAUUGUAGAAAUACUAUUGAAUGAGAAUUAUAAAGAGUUGGGCUAUUGUUUGACUCUUCCUGCCUUUCAGGCAAUUUAAGGUACUAUAUAUUGAGGUAUCCAUGCAUAGUGAAAAGUUCUAGAUCACUUUUGGACUGAAAGCUUUAUUAUGUAUUAUAUUAACCAUUCCCAUUUUUUGCAUUGCAUACAAUAAUGUUAUCUUUCUUAUUCUAGGUUUCAUCCCCAUAACAUGAUAAUUUCUCAUGUUAAAGUUCUUUGUGACUUACUUCCCAGUAGUUGUAUUUGGAAUUGUACUUUAUAUUUUUAACAUCUAUAUUUCUUUUAAUAUUGUGUAGAGAACUGUAAUAAAUUUGUAAAUCCAAAAUACCUUGUGUGAACAAAGUUGAUUGUUGUCUUGUUUCAAGUUUAAAAUUCACAAUGGAAGAUCACCCACAGAUGCUCUGAAUGGCAGCUCUUCAUGAG